AUUAUGCAUAAUAUCAUAUACAAUACAAUUAAAGAUUCAAACGGGAAGAUUGCAAUAGACUGGACUCGAAAGACUUCGGAGAAGGGAAAUGAAAAAGUCGACUUAGACUAUAACAUAUGGUUAAGUCAAAUGAAAGCAACUGAACAGAAAAUACAACAAACUACAUUCCAAUCACGAAACAUCCCAGACUGGAUGGCACAGUAUCGUAUUGGUGAUUUUUUGUAUGAGUUUUUGUAUGGUGAGGCCGCUGGUCCACCAUAUCAAUCUAUUACUGUUCGAACUGAAGGAAAUCGUCAGAAAUUAAUUCGUUUUAUGUCUCGAAGUGUAUGA